AUGGCGGUUCCUAGAGUCCCAACCCUUAGCGUCGGCAAUGAUAUUUGUCAAAUAUCUAGGAUCUUGACUAUCCUCACUAGUGACGCUGGCCCUAAAUUUGUUCGUCGCGUUCUCACCGAAGAUGAAUUGAAUGUCGAAAGGGGCAAGGCAAUUCUGAGCGCCAUGGCCUCCAGGCGAGGUGUCUUAACGAAUCCCUUGAAGUAUAGUCGGCAAUACGACAAAGGUAGGGAAGAAGUUAGGGUGUCUCGGUCGAUGAUGAGAAAGAUGGAAAAGGCAGCCCAGUACGUGGCUGGCAGGUGGGCAGCGAAGGAAGCGGUUAGGAAGGCGUACACCGUCCGGAGAAUUAAUUUCCAAGAUGUGGAAGUAAAGUAUGAACCGCAGAUAUUUGAGGAGGCAGGAGCCGCAGAGCUUCUCAGCCAGGAAGAAGAUGUGGAUGUGGAUGUGGAGGAGGAAGAGGAAAGCAAACCUGGCAACGAUAAAUGGCAAUCAUCUUUGGUACUGGGAAACAAACCCAUGUACACCAACUGGGGACCACCGAUCGCCAUCAUCAGAGGCGGGGGUGUCUACGAGGACGAAUAUGCGCGCAUUAGCAUAAGUCAUGAUGGAGACUAUGCUAUGGCCUCGUGCGUUUUAAAUAUGACAGAACCAAGGCGCUUGAAGGAUCAAGAAGAGUCGGAUGAGAGUCAAAAUGAAGUGGAUUAA